AUGAGAGUUUUGGCUUUCUUGUGUGGUGGAAUUGUCGAUUCUGGAAUUAUUGAUCUUGGAAGUGUAUCUGCCUCAUCGCAAAGGUUUACCAAAGCAUGCAUCGGAAGUGUCUGUGUGGUUUGGUGGGGCGAACCAUCCAAUGAUGCGCGUCAUGCGCGUUUCGUUUUGCCCGUAACUGGAGCGUCAGGGCUGAAGCGGCCGACGUUGCCGAUGGACCCAGAGCAUCGGCCCUUUAUUGUGUAUGAGGCAGAGUGGGCCUCAGACAAGGACUGUGGCACGAGGAUAGGUGGUGAGGAACGGCCAACGCCUGGAGCCGCCUGUGCCACGGCGACGCCGAAGGGAAGAAGCUUUGUCGACAGCGGGCGUGUAUGGGCGAGAAAGAAACAACGGCGGCGCGAGGAGGACAGCGAUAGGGUGGUAGGGUGGGAGGAUAGAUUAGCAUUGGCACUCUACCCCACGCUGGGUGCGGCGCAGGAAAUGAGGAACAGGCUAGCAACCUGCCUGAUUGGGCCAAGUGAGGCACCCUCAAACAUCAGCCUGUGUGGCGCCACCAAUGAGAGCCCGCCAGCCCGCCAGCCCAGCACAGGGCCCAGCAGAGGACCAGCCGCUCGCGCAGGGCAGUGGAUCAAAGACGCCCCGAGCAUCCGCACGCGCUCUCUUACUGCCACUCGUGCCCAUUACACCCUCGACGACAGCGACGACAGCAACGACAACGGCAGCCACACAAACGCUGCCGGGUGUAUCUAUAGACACUUGUACAUAGACGCGGGCGCUUGACAUUCACACUCUCUUGGUACCCCCAUCGCCACUGCCCUCUCGGUGCACAAUCGCACCUGCCGUUCCUUUAACGCCCGCAGUCAGCACCACCUCAGCAACAACCCGCGUGUUCACUGUGCCCGCACUCGCCUUCACUGCGGCGCAAAAAAAACUUCAACAAUCCACCCUCGCAGCGACAAUCGCUCCGCUCGCCCUUUUGGCUUUCCACGGGCAAUCUCUCUCGGUCUCGGUUUCUCCGCCGUCACCGCUGUGCCCAAGCCUUGUGCCUCAAACGUGAGACGCUCCACCCAACACGCGUAUUUUCUUAUGCACACCACGCCCCCGUACCAACUGAACACCUA